GUGGCAGGACGUUGAUGUACUGGAGGCAAUCAAUAAGUCGCUUAGCCCUCUGGUGGAAUUCACAGACGCACUUUCUGGAGAGAAGUAUGUAAGUGUGUCUUUUUUUAAACCAACCCUGCACCUCUUCAACAACUCAUUGCUGGCAGUGCAGGAGGAUGACACAGACCUCACAAAAAGCAUAAACAAGAAGAUACUAGACUAUCUCAAUGAUAAAUAUGAUGACGCAGCGACACAAGAGCUGCUUGACAUGGCCUCUGCCCUGGACCCGAGAUUCAAGCUCAAAUAUGUCAGUGAGGACAAUCGAGGAUCCAUUGAAGCCAGCCUGACAACUGAGAUGAGGAGGGUGAUGACACUCAUGGAGAACGCCCCUCUUGAGACGGCAGCGGUGCCUGCAGAUGACACGGAGGAUGCUGCUGCAGCUGCACCAAAGAAGAAAAAGAAGGGACUGGGGAGCUUCUUCAAGGCCACCGUAGACCAAGCUGCAGAACCUCAACCUGCUCUGGAACAGGACCAGGCCAUAGCUCUUGAGCUACAGUCCUACCUCCAGGCAGUGCCACUGGAUGCUGAGGAGGACCCACUAAAGUGGUGGAGGGAAUCCUGGAAGUUCUACCCACGGCUCUCCAUCCUGGCAAGGAAGUAUCUGUGCAUCCCAGCCACAAGUUCCUCUUCAGAGAGGGUCUUCAGUACAGGUGGCAAUAUUGUCACCUGCCUCCGCUCGUCUCUGAAACCAGACCAUGUCAACAGGCUGGUUUUUCUUGCAAAAAAUCUUUAA